AUGAUCUUCGAACCGCCGUCACGGGUGCCAUUGCCCACCACCGACGUCAUCUCCUAUAUCUUUUCCGAUCCGCCAUAUGACCAUGACCAACCAGUCUACAACGAUGCGAGCGACCACUCGCGGUCGAUCUCCUACAAUCAAGCUCGGGUCAUCGUCCGGAAGUUGAUUGCCGGUUUGCACGCAUGGGGCGUACAGAAAGGCGACUGCGUAGCCAUCCAUUCCUUCAAUGAUAUCUACUAUUCCAUGUUGGUCCUGGCGAUCAACGGCGCCGGCGGGAUCUACACCGGCACCAACCCCUCCUACACCCCCAUGGAGCUUUCACACCACAUCAGAGCCUCGCAGGCCAAGUUCGUCAUUUCUGAGCCGGAGAUCAUCGCCCCGAUACAGGCCGCCAUGAAGGAGACGGGUAUCCCGGAAUCGAAUCUGCUGGUGUUCGACGUCCACGGUCAGACUGUCCCCGCCGGGCUGAAGUCAUGGCAGGGACUCUUGUCCGCUGGAGAGGAGGAUUGGCUGCGGUUUGAUGAUCUGAAAACGUGCGAAGAGACCGCCGCCGCCAGGCUGUUUAGCAGUGGCACGACGGGUCUGCCCAAGGCAACGACGCUGACGCAUCGCAAUUUCAUCGCCCAGCACGAACUGGUCUUUGAGAUAGAGAAGCGACCGUAUCAGAUCCGCCGGCUCAUGGCCUUACCCAUGUUUCACGCCGCCGCUGCCCCUUCCACCCACUGGAGUCCUCUCAAGGGCGGCCAGGUCUUAUACGUAAUGCGUCGCUUUGACCUCAUGGGCUUCGUCUCGAAUGUCGAAAAGUUUCAAAUCACGGACCUGCAGAUGGUCCCGCCCAUCGCAGUCGCCAUUGUCAUGACGCCACAGGUCCAGGCCCGCCCAUACCUCAAAAGCGUCCGCAUAGCUCUGUGCGGCGCUGCUCCGUUGAGCAAGGAUGUACAGGAGAAGCUCCGCGUCAUGCUGGCCAAGGAUGCGCCCUGCACACAGGACGACACGGGUAGUGUGGGGAGAUUGCUACCUAACGUAGAGGCCAAACUAGUCGAUGACGAAGGAAAGAAUGUCUCCGCGUACGGGGUUCGAGGCGAGAUCUGUGUCCGAGGGCCCACCGUUACACCGGGAUACUUUAACAAUGCCGCUGCGAAUGCUUGCUCCUUCGAUGAGGACGGCUGGUACCACACCGGGGACAUCGCAUACUGCGACAAAGAUACUCUAAAGUGGUACAUCGUGGACCGCAAGAAAGAGUUGAUCAAGGUCCGCGGGUUCCAGGUCGCUCCGCCAGAGCUCGAGGCCGUUCUUCUCUCGCAUCCGCUCAUCAUCGAUGCUGCAGUUAUCGGCUUGUCCGGUGUGCUUCCCGACAGUGAGCUUCCGCGGGCUUACGUGACUCGGCGUCCGGGAACGGGCGACAAGCUGACGGAGGAGGAGGUGCAAGAAUACCUCGGUCAGAGACUGGCGAAGUAUAAAGCACUGACGGGGGGUGUGAAGUUUCUGGACGCGAUUCCGAAGAACGCCAGUGGAAAGAUCCUGAAGAGGGUCCUGAGGGAGGAGGCCCAGAAGGAGGUUAAGGCGGGCUUCCGGCCGAAGCUGUAA